AUGCCUUCGUCCCUUCGAUUUCGCUCACCAUAUCGCGGCCAGAAGGAUUCUCUGGCGAUUCCGCGGACGCCCAAAUCGCCCCGUGGAGAAUAUACAGGAGACCCUGUACAUCCGGAAGGCGCUACAUCUAAGCGCUUCCCCUUGAAGAUUGUCUUCAGCAUCCUCCUUGUGGCGGCUUGCCUCUCGUUCGCUCUGUUCAGCUACCGACAUAGGCUUAUCCCUUCAUUCCCGACCGGGCCGUCCGCGUACUGGAAGACCAGCGGCCCGGCAAGGGCGAAUCCAAAACUCCAGACCUUUGCGCCAUCCUUCAGCGAGACCCCUUCAGUAUUUGCAGAUAGAUAUGAGUUCCAGCUCCCAGGAACCAGAGGCGAUCGUGCAUGGCUGCGCAUGUUUCCGAAGGGAGAUGGGAGGAUAGCUGUCCAGCACCCGAGGAAAUAUGGAUUGCCCUCGAGUGCCUCCGCCGUUGAUGGAGAUGGACACGCGAUUUUCGAGACGGAGAUAUACGAUGUGGCCAUCGUAAGACAGUUAGAGUGCCUGGCAUUCAUCCGCCAGAUUCUAAUCGAUUAUGAUCACGAACAUCACCCUCACGUCCACGAGAGAGCCCACGUCUUCCACUGUCUAGAUCACGUCAGACAAGCACUUCUCUGUGCCGCGGACACGACGCUGGAGCCUACGCGCGACGGCGGCGUGGUUUCGGUCCCGGACAGCCCGCAUCACUACGUGGGACAUCAGAAGAUGGUGGACGAUCGCAGCAGCGGGUCGCAGGCUGCGUUACAUACGUGCAGGAAUUGGACGGCGGUCAAGGCCUGGAUUGAAGAGAAUAGAGUGCCAUGA